CAUGUGUGUUUACAUACAUGUGUUAUUUGUUAAAAGUAAACAUUUGAGAAGUUUACUCUUUACUUUACAAACGACAAUAAAUUACAGCAACUUCGUAUGAUAAUGAGUAAAAAUCAAUAUCUAGACGCAGUGUAUGCACGUGUAUGUUAUUAUAUCAGUCUAAGAAAAUCUUGUCUAUCGACAAAAUGACCAUAAUGGCAAGAACAGCACUUGGCCAACAGCACGACUUUGGCAAAUUGAAAAAUAAACUGAGAAAUGAAUUAGUAAUAUAGUUAUUAUACCAUCCUUGGACUAGAAAGAAGUUACAAAAUGGCUUCAUCAAGGAAAUCAUUAACUUCUAAAUUCUCAUUGGAAGUACGUGGAAAGAAAGUUUCGUCUCCGAAACCGACCAAACCACAAAGUACUUCAGGAAAAAAGUCUGGGCUUACCAGUAAGUCUUCUACAGAUGAAAAAGUUGAUCCGAGUAAAGCAACGUCUGCUGAAAAAGCAGAGAAGACAGAGAAAGCUGAGAAAACUGAUAAAACAAGGAAAGUCCGGACAAAAUCAAAGGCUGACACCAAGGAACCUCGUUCAAGUAGCUCCACGACUACUUCUCGAUCACCAGCAAGACAAUCAAGUGCUUCUCGAGGUCAAACUUCUCGAUCAGCUAAGGAUACUAAAGUAGUGCGGCCUAAACCUGUUCAGGCAAAAACUGUGAAAGACACCACUGAAAGUGUCUCUAAAGACCAAUCAGAAUCUAGUCAUAGUUCUACAGUAUCUCAGUGUGUGGUAAAUACAAAAACAGUGGGCAGUGUAAAUUCUUCAAUAACAUCUGCUGCUGAUGACUCUACUACAGCAACAGUCAGUUUGAAAGAUGUAAGUCUUGAUUUCAAAGAUGUGGGUCAUGUUGAUAAUGUGGAGGGCAGUAUGGAGAAAUCCACUGCACAGAAACUCUUCCGCCCUAUAUUUAGACUAGGGAGUAAUGAAUCACAGAAAACUGAUGAAGAGGAAAACCUUCCAAGCUUGGAGCUGAAUUCUGACACUUCUAGUCUUGAGCAAGUAACAGAUCCUAUCGCUUGUCUGUCGGGUGUUUCCCAGGAAACUGUUAAUGAAUCUGUUACAUCAUCUGUAAGCUUCAGCAUAUCGGAGAGUACAAGUACUUCAGAGCUUACAUCAGCUGCUGUAGAAAAAUCACCAAAGUCCAGUCUUACCCAUAGAGAAAGUAUUAACGAUGAAUUGGAGGAAAUGUCUCGGUCAUCUUCCGGGUUUUCCCCUUGCAGUACGACUGCAAGUUUCCGGAGUUUUGAUGGUAGAAGUAGAAUUGAUGAUUUCAGCGAUGACAAUAGUGACUGUCCGAGGCUGAGAGAAAGCAUAGAUCUCAGUGAUGACAUGCAAGAUUUGGAAGUCGCAAGUAUUACUGUACCUCUAAAUAAACAGUUGCGAAUUGUCACCUCCAUGGACCGAAGUCUCCGCCCCUCGGCACCAGACCGCCGUGCCAGUUCUCCGGCCAACAUGGACGUGCAGACAGGAGGAGGUCUCCUCAAACGUUUGUCCCAUCAUCUCCUGUUUGUAGACUUCAUGAGACGCAAAGGCUUGUCCUCUUUUCUGAACAACUUUCCAUCCGAUAUGACCAUUGACAGCUUUAGGCACCUGACAGACAUAGAGCUACAAGAAACCUACCACAUCGAGAAUCCGAGUGUUCGCGCACGGAUCAUGCAUGCUGUGGGGCAGGCCAGUCGGGAGGAUCUUGAUACAGAUGAGUCUGACAGUGGUGUGGCUGGGUCUCCAGGGCCGUUGUCACCUCGGAUACGGCGCCCCGCCCAGGAUGAGUUCCCCCUUGGUCUACACAUGCCUGGAGGGAUCCGACGUCUCCAACGUACCUUGUCGGAGGAUUACAGAGGUCAUCGGCGACGAGAAAGUCUACCCAGCACUCCGACAGGUCUACCCACCAACCUCAGUGGGUCGGGGCAUCUGGGCCACAGUGUUGGAGCUCUGAUAGAACCCACCAAUCUGAUGAGGAUGAGGAACAUAGUCCUCGGUCAGUCGGCACCCUCUCUUACCGGCAUGAAAGACUUCACAUAUGGCAGGAGAGGAAGUCGACAAAGGAAGUCUAUGGUUGGUCCGACCACGUCCCCAGUACUGUCGGCUAGAUGUCCGUCACCUCAGACUCUUGGAAACAGUCCCCAUGAAAGUCCACGUAACAUGUCUCCAAACCAGCAUGGAAGCUUUGCCUUCCACAACGUACGAAAGUGUGAUGGAAGACGCUGGUCGUUUGCCUCUCUGCCAUCUUCGGGCUAUGGGACCAACACCCCUGGCAGUUCCAAUGUAUCUUCCCAGUAUUCUUCCCAGGAGAAGCUCAAUCAGAUAGCCUACCCUGUGGGGAGCGACGAGCUGACACUGUUCACGCGGAACCUCACGGCUGCUGAUCAUACAGUUGAUGAGGAUGGUGGUCACUCACCCGUGUCCCCGCUCAUGCGGCCACGAUCACGCAGUCUCAGUUUAUCCUGGCUAGCAUUAGAUAGUCCUGGUCGCUCUCCUGGCGGAGAUGAAAUCAUCAUGAUGAACAGCGUCUACAAAGAACGGUUCCCCAAGGCUACGGCUCAGAUGGAGGAGAAACUGAACAACUUUAUUGAACAGAACAAAGUGCUGCCUACGGAGCAGGAGGGGGACGCAAUCACACGUUUCUUACAUCACCAAGUGAUGGAGUUGGCACGCGACUGUCUCACCCAGUCCAAGGAUAAGCUCAUCACACGCUCAUACUUUUUUGAUCUCUCAGACAAGCUCGAGAAACUACUCGAAGAUGCACAGGAGCGGGAGUUUGUGGCGUACAACUAUAUCUAUCCUCUUGUAAAGAAGUUUCUGCUGAUCCUGUCUCGUCCCAUCCGUCUUCUCGAGUGUCUGGAGUUUGACCCAGAGCAGUUCUACCAGUUACUAGAAGCAGCUGAAGGUCAGGCCAAGGAGACCAUCAAAGCAGACAUACCUCAGUAUAUCAUCAACAAGUUGGGGCUCAACAGGGACCCUCUGGAAGAUAUGGGGAUGGAGGAGCCAGAUGAUUCAAUGGAUGCUGAAGAAGAAUUCAUGGAGAGGAGAGAUUAUGUGCCAAAGUUCAAAACGCCUCGUGAAGAGGAUUUUGAGACAAUCAAACUGAUUAGUAAUGGUGCUUAUGCAGCGGUAUACUUAGUACGUCACAAAGACAGUCGACAGCGGUUUGCCAUGAAGAAGAUUUGUAAACAAAAUCUAAUCCUGCGGAAUCAGACGGAACAGGUCUACACGGAGCGAGAUAUACUCAGUUUUACAGAAAACCCGUUUGUUGUCAGUAUGUACUGCAGUUUCGAUACAAAGAAACACCUGUGUAUGGUGAUGGAGUAUGUGGAGGGUGGCGAUUGUGCUAACCUCGUUAAGAAGUGGGGACCACUCCCCUUCGACCUUGCUAGAAUGUACUUUGCAGAAACAGUGCUAGCAUUGGAGUAUCUCCAUAGUUACGGCAUCGUGCACCGGGAUCUCAAACCAGACAACCUUCUUAUCACUGCCACAGGCCACAUCAAACUCACAGACUUUGGUCUCUCUAAAAUUGGGCUAAUGAGUUUGACUACCAAUCUGUACGAGGGCUCUAUAGAUAAAGACUGUAAACAAUUCCGUGACAAACAGCUGUUCGGAACACCCGAGUACAUCGCGCCGGAGGUCAUCCUUCGUCAGGGCUAUGGUAAACCAGUGGACUGGUGGUCGAUGGGAAUCAUACUCUACGAGUUCCUGGUUGGAUGUCCGCCAUUCUUCGGAGAGUCUCCCGAGGAACUUUUCUCACAAGUCAUCAAUGAGGAGAUAGAGUGGCCCCAGGAGGAAGAAUGGCAGGUACGAGAUGAUGCACGCGACCUUAUCACUCAGCUGCUGCAGCACAACCCGCUCAACCGUCUGGGAACAGGGGGCGGCAACGAAGUCAAGGAGCAUAUAUUCUUCCUGGAUGUCGACUGGGAGAGAAUCCUCAGGAAAAAGGCUGAAUUUGUGCCAGAACUGGAGGACGAGGAGGAUACCAGCUUCUUUGACACACGAAUGGAUCGCUACAAUCAUGAUCUAGACGCUGAUGACACGGAAGACGAUGGUGACGAUGUGUUGUUUCAGAGUUUUUCUUCCUGUUCUCCUCGUUACAGCAAAGUCUACUCCAAAAUAGAGGAGCUACAUGAGAAUAAGGAGAAGGAAAGCCGACGGAGACAUUCCAGUGCGGAUGAGAUGCGCACAAGACUAUUGGAGAAACAGGCGUUAGAUAGGAAGGAUUCCAACCAAUCAGAAGGCUCUGAUUCCUCAUCCGAGAUCCAAGGGUACCUCCGGCGCGACACGAGUAGUACACUUGUUGACACCUUGGAUCGUAAUGACGGUUCUAUGAAGCUCGACGAGGAUGUAUUUAGCUCACCAGAAAGCACGCCACGAUCACAGCCCAAGACAAGUACACCGGAGAGUGCAGAGAGAGACGACUCCAGCUCAAAGAAACAGGAAAUCCGUCCACCAAUCAUUAAGAGUAUCAUUCCCAAAUUUGCAAUCUCUACUGACGAUGACAAGGUGCAAGGAUUAUGUAAAGAAUUAUCACCCGUGGAUGAGAACAAGGAGAAGGGCAGCGUGACACUACCCAGUACCACAGGAGGGCGGAAACAGCUCCAGAAGUCUGCCUCGACCACCGCCCUUACUCUCCUCAUACAGCCAACAGAUGACUUUAUAUCUGCUCCAGUUACCUCCCCUGGAUCAAGCACCAGUUCGCGGGACGGAUCUCCAUCCAGGGAUGUCUCGCCUCUCGCCCGUAACCUCAAACCACCGACUAUCAUAAAGAAAGGAGCACGAGGGUUCGGCUUCAACAUACACACGAUCCGUGUUUAUCAGGGCAACACAGAUGUCUACACUCUUCAACAUAUUGUUGUGAGUGUUGAACAGAACAGUCCAGCGUUUGAGGUGGGACUGCGACCAGGUGAUCUCAUCACCCAUGUUAAUGACGAACCAAUCCAAAGCCUACUCCACACGCAAGUCAUCCACCUCAUCCUGAAGGGUGGAAACGUUGUCCAAAUCCGCACCAUCCCCAUGGAAAGCACCACCAUCCAAACAGUGCAGAGCAAGCGACGUAGCCACCCUGGCAAGAUGGCUCGUCGAUCUAGUCAGCGUAAACGACAAGAACGCAAAGGAGAGAAAAAGAAAGGCCGUUCACUGUUGCGUCGUCUCAGCUCCAAGAAAACUGAUCACCAUAUCCUGCCAAGCUCGCCACUGACUUCAUCGCGGUCUUAUUCUUCCAGUACCUUCAGUAAAUCCUGGUCUUGUGGUGACAGCACUCCUGGAUCAGGGAAGGCCAAUCGCUCUUUACCCAUCUCCAUGCCUUGGUCACCUGACUCAUCAGCUGCCAACUCCUCCACAAGUUCUUCCCCUAGCUCAUCAGCCCCUAACUCCCCGGCGAGUUCCUCGCAGUUCUGUCGGCCGAGCUCCCUACAUGGACUCAAGCACAAACGUGCACAGAGCCUCAAGUCUCCACAUCGUCGGAAGUCCGUACAUAACAUCCCGUUGUCUCCUCUCGCUCGAACACCAUCACCCUCACCCAUGCCACCAGCUUCCCCCACACGCAGUCCCAGUCCUCUCGCGCUUGCCCAUGGGCACCAGAUCGGCAGCUCUCACAUGGUACAACAAACCAUACCAUCUCACCUCAACUCAUCAACGCAGGCCCAGGCUACAACGCCUGUUGCUAGGAAGCCAUCGUUUACACGCCCCAAAAGCUGCGAACCAGGCUCCCCAUUAUUACGCAGAGCUUUAUCGCCUGACAGACUCCACCCUAACUCUGCGGAGAAAGUCACGACAGUGCAGAGGAAGGCUUCACUACAGGAAAAAAAGAGUAGCCUUUCUGAUGCUCUAUGACAUGAAUGUUGUGAUAAUCCUUGUGUCAAAGCACGUUCUACUCUAAGGGCUCAAUGCAAUCUUUAUGUUUGUAAUGUGCUUGGCUUGAAUGCCCAUGUCUUCAUUAUGAGGCCAGAAAUGUCUGUGAUGUGCAUGAAAUUUGAUCGAAGAAGUUGAAUGGUCGAAAAUGUCUUGUUCGAGUAAACUGCAGUCAUCGUGCAGUUGGAAAUGUCGGUGAUGUGAUUGAAAUUGGAUAGGUAACGUUUAGAUGGUCGAAAUGUCAUGUUUGAAUUUGCUGUGGUUCGGCUGCGGUCAGAAAAUUCUGUGAUGUUCUCAAGGCGAUUAAGGACGAGUGAACAUUAGCAGUGUGGGCCGAGUUUGAACAGCUACGAGGAGUAUGUGACUACAUAUACCUGCAUUUUUUUCUGUAAAUCUUUAUUUAUCAAUGUGCUCACAUUUAGGUGUUCAAAACAAUUUUGUGUACAAAUUUAACUUGGUGCUGUGUAUAAGGGAAAGUCUUCUCAAGACUGGUGUUCCAUAAUGUCCAAGGAAAUAAAUGAAUGGAAAUAUUGUUUUUCACAAUAAGCAUUUCGCUCGGAGCAAAUGUUCGAAUUGGGAUCCUAGGAUGUAAUGGACUGUGAGUCCGGACUAUGGAGACAGUACAGUGGAAACCACUUACUGGGAGAUUGUAAAUAAGUGUGAUGUUAAAGGAUGAGGCACAGUAUACCAAAUUAUACUUUGGCCACAGUGCUAGAUAAAUGUGGAACGAAUGCUGUAAUAAGCUACGCUGUGAGUGUGAUAGCAAGUCAGCAAUUUGUAUUUAACUCGUGUGACUGUGCGGCACCAACUCAUGUUCAAGGAACAAAAUCGUAAAUUAUUAUCGUUAAUGGAAUGUAUUUUUUUUUCUUCAUUGUUUAUCAGAUGUGUAUCAUCUUGUGAUAUUAGUGUGUGUUUGAGUUGUGGUUACCGUUACAAUAUUGCCUGUGAUUAAAUUGUACUACUCUGUGCUUUCAUCAGUGACUGCCACAAGUCAGUGUGUCGGGCCGGUUGAUAGGGUGAUGUCACCAGCUAACUGUAUACUAUAGGUGACUGGGACGACGUUUGAAUGGCAAGCUUAUAUAAAUAUUUAAAAGAUUCUAGAAGAAUACUCACCUGUUUUGUAAAUUGUGACAGUAUAUAUAUAUAUAUAUAUAUAUAAAGUUCUUUUUGAAUAUCAUUUUAUGUUAACAUUAUUCUAUACGGUCAGGUUUUUAAAUUGUGACCGAAACACAUCCAAUUGUACUCUUAUGAUAUAUCACUCAGCCCUACUUGUUCAAAUCUUGGUCAACUUACAUCAAGUCAUGUAUAUAUAAGUAUGAUACGAUUCUACACUCCUUGACUGUGUGUGCACUGUCACAAAAAUGCAUAAAAUAGCACCCAAUGCAUAAAAAUGUAUCAAGUCAACAUCAAGUAAAGAAAAAAACAUUAAACGUGUCCUGAAAUGAUUGUUUAGAACAACAAAAACUAUGUACCAAAUAUAUAUUCAGAGGCUGGGCACAUAAGAAUUUCUAAUCAAGAUAUCCAAAUGUUAUUUGAUAUUUCGGAGUUCAUCAAAAUAUGUUAUUUCUUGGGCAUUUCUGGUGAGAAGCAAAAAUUUUCUAGUGUAGUAAAAUUGUUGUGGAUUUUCCCCAGCAUCACGUCAAUAUUAAUUUAGAUUUUCCCAAACCCAAAGGCCCUUAGCCUCGGUCCCCAAACAACAGAAAUCACUUUGAUGUACUGGAGAUAUUGUACAUUAUGUAAGAACAUAAUAAUAUGUAUUAAUCUUACUCUUUGUCACAGAUUUAUUGAAAAAAAAGGAAUUUCCUUGGAUUUUCUACUUUUCCAGAGAAUCAAGAAAUGAUUUAUAGUAAGUCUGCUUUUAGACAACAACAGUCAAUGAAUGGUAGAAAUGUAAAGAUUGUGUAUUUACUCAAAUUUUUUUAAAAAUUUUGAUAGGUGAAGUAAACUAGAAUUUGAACAAGUGGGUCCGAUUCGUUUCUUACUUAGCUGAAGUUCAGUCCGUAGUUUGUGUAUAUUGCUGUAACUAUAGGUUUACUUGUACUUGGUUCUGUUGGCGUGUAUUUUAUCACAGAGGUAACAAUGAGACCUAAGAUUACACUAAUGCUUUAACACACUUUGAAAUAUUGUGAUAAAUUGUGGUGUUGUACAUAUAUGUGUAAGAUGAUUUUGUGGACUAUUUUGUAUUUAUAAAUUCUUAGAUGCAUACAAUGUAUUUUUGUCUUGAUGUAUCAGAUACAUGUAACACAUUAUGAAUGAUAUUUUUUUUCGGAUGAAGACACAACUAUUAGCUCUGGUGCCUGUGCAGAUUAAUGAAUUAAUUUAUAUUAAUUAAGUACAUGAUUAUCUUCAUAGUUACUGUAGUCCCUACACCCAGUCACCAAAGUAACCAUUAUAAACCAACAUCUACUGUUACCAUGGAAACCAUACUCUGAUUUACUGUUACCAUGGAAAUCAUGAUAGACCCAUAUCUAAUGUUACCAUGGAUACCAUGAUAUACCUGUAUCUGCUGUUACCAUGGAUACCAUGAUAUAUCUACUGUUACCAUGGAUAACAUGAUAUACCUGUAUCUACUGUAACCAUGGAUACCAUGAUAUACCUGUAUCUUCUGUUACCAUGGAAACCAUGAUAUACCCAUAUCUACUGUUACCAUAUGCAUGGAUACCAUGAUAUACCUAAAUCUACUGUUUCCAUGGAAACCAUGAUAUACCUGUAUCUACUGUUACCAUGGAAACCACGAUAUACCUGUAUCUACUUUUAUCAUGGAUACCAUCCAUACCAUGAUAUAUCCAUAAGGAAGCUAUGAUAUACAUUUCCCUGCAAUCACUAAGGAAACCAGAGAAUACCUUAUAAUUAUAUAGAAAAUAUCUUAAAUUUUACAUAAAAGUUACAUCAAGUUUCUUCAGGAACCAUUUUCCCAAAGAAAAGUAAAAAUCAGAAAUUUAUCUUCCAAGUCUUAACCAGACCUUUCUGUAUCAUCCUAAUUCAGGCACAAGAUGUAAAAUUUAGGAAGAAAACAUUCGGACUAGUAUAGUUAGUGUCUGAGACAGUGGAGAGUUGGGCCAUCAUGGAAUAAUUUAGGCCAAACAAAGAAAUAUAUAUGUUUCCAUUGCUAAGCUGUAAAUAGGCUUAGUGAAAAGAAUUUCUUGUUUCCAAAGACCAUACAUGCACAUUUCUUAGUAGUUGAAAUUGUUUAUCAGAGAAAAUGUUUGGAGAAGAGGUUUUCAUUACUAAAAUCAAUUGUUGCAAUAGAUUCUCAUUAGUGGGAGUACAAAAUUAUUACAGGGUAAAGAAAAUAAAAUCAUCUUUUUUUUUCUGCAUUUAUAUAUUCAUACAUGUGUUAAAGUGUCUCCUCAUUAAACAUGUUGUCGGACAAUCUCCAAUAAACUGUGGUAAUAUACAACAAGCUGUAGUUUUGACACAUAGAAGCCCCGUGACCCAUGACCUCGUGAUCAUUGUACGUUGUUGUACUGUUAUUUGUAUAUCAAUGUUAUUUAUUGGUAUAAUUUGUAGUUGAUUUUUCAAUACAAAGGAAACCUGUAAGAAAAACACAUUUUUAAAAGAAUUUUGUAAAUUUUCAUUGAGAAUCUGAAAUUAUCAAAUGUUGUUUGUAGCAAAUGUGGUUUGUGAAUUUAAAGAUAUUCGUGUACAGUAUUGAAAUACAAUGUAAGCAGAAGACCUGUCAUUAUUUUGCCAUUAUCAUAUCGACAAUAUUAAUGAAUAAGCAAAAAUUAUAAUUUGUAAAGUCCUUGAAUUUUAACCAUCUGCAAUCAUUGGGGAUUCUUGAAAAAACUAUUGUAUCAUUGAAUACUAAAUAAGGGUUUGAGUUUUAUGAUAUUGUAAUAUUUCCUUUUUUUUUGGUACGGAAACAAAAGAUACCAGUAAACUUUUGGGCUUUUAAAAUGCUGAUUUAACAAAAAUUAGGAAAUCGUCUCAAAAAUCAUAUAAGGGUGUUAAAAAAAUUAAAUAUUUCUUUUACACAAAAUAAUGGCUGCAGUGUCCUUUUCAUUUAAUUUCGCAAUUUCUGCUAAAAUAUACAUGUACAUUAUUUUUGCUUCAUAGUUUUGGCAAAAUCUUAAAAUAUGAACCACGGAAAAAAAAAAUCUUUACUGUUCUUUAUUGUUCUCCAAAUACCGUAAGUCCCUGUCCACAAAUUUUUGCUGAAUCAUCAAUUUUGAAAAAGUAAAUAUAAGGUAAAAGUGGUUCACAAGCAAGCCCUCCCCAAAGUUUGAUAUACUAAACCUACAGGGGGAGAGGAUACAUUGAGAGGAUCAUUUGAGGAUAAAUUCAGUAUGUGGAGACACCAAUAUCAGUCAGAACUUUAAAGGAAAAUCCAUGUUUGUCAUUGACAAGAAUUAAACUUCUACUUUGAUAAGUAAUCUGUAAAUAUUAUUCUUUUUUUGAUCAAAUCUGGAAUCAUCAGAAAUAAAAUAUUUGCAAAAGGCUCAAAUGGCAGGUCAUUUUGCUUGCAUGUUGGAAUAUUAUGUGAUAAUUUCAGAGUGAUUUGAGUGCGUUCUUACUCGGAGGAUGAUUAAAAAGUGUUGUGUCGGCUGUUGUUUUUGAUAAUCCUAAUAUCACUUGUGUGCGUCUUAUGUCCGUAAAGUUUGAUAGUAAUUUUUGUUACAUGUGAAUCAUGGUUACUAUUAGUUAUAUGUUGGUUAUAUGUUGAUGAGCAGUUAAGUAUUUUUGUUUAUCAUUACUGUAUCAGAGAUAAAUGUAUAUAUAUAUAUGCUGUGUACAUAGGUAACACUGUAGAUACCAAUUUUUAUUUGGACUCAGAUUUGAUCUCGCUGUGGUUAUACCUGUGCUAUUUGUGAUUAGUGACAUUGCCGUACUGUGCUAUAAAUUCUCACCUAUUCACAAUCGA